AUGGCUCGGAAAUCUACAGGGCGCAUCAGUCCAAAGCACAUCGUCUCUGUCUUGAACUCGCCUGCCGUUUCCUCCUCUUCGCCAGAACCCCGUCAACUAGCGGCUUCCAACGUGGUGCGCCGGAAGAAGAACAUUCGUCCAAACUUGGCAGAUGCGACUAUUCCUGUAACCUAUACACCAACCACCCAUCGCAUCAGCAAGGCCAAGAAGGGAAAACGUGUACAUGCCUGCCAAUACCCAGCAUGCGGAAAGGUCUUCACCAGGGCAGAGCACCGAAGACGCCAUGAGUUGAACCACAACCCCGAGGCAUCGUACCGCUGCGCAACAGAAGGAUGCAACAAGGCAUUUCACCGCGCUGAUCUGCUUGUGCGCCACAUGGAGAGACAUGAACUCGAAUCGAAAUCAGAAAAGUCCUCAUUGGCACCCAACCCCAUCACCGAGUCCCCUGUCUCGCCCUGUAUGUCAAUGGACCACGGAAUUCCAUUGGCUGCAACCUCCCAUUCACACUCCAUGUCCAUCGGCGCACUCGUGGCUCCUGGCAUCCAUCCGGAUCUUGCCAACAACGACUGCUCAUUACUGUGGAGCGGCAUCGAAUUGCCCCUACAGCCCCGCCCGGCUUUCCACAGCCAGCUGCCCGAGUCUGUCGACGACAGCCCGUUCUAUUCUUCCCCCGCAGAGACCUGCCCCUCGCCUCUGUCGGAUGCGACUUUUUCUCUUCCUCCAUACUCGAGCUCCUCCAUCUCUUCCGCUGGGUCUGUCAUCGACCAGUACCCGAGCAAUAUCGUGAAGAGCGAGCUCACUUCGUCCCCGCUUCAGAUGCACACUCCGCUCCGUUGGAGUACUGAGGGUGGCAUGCCUCCGUCGGACCUGGUCCCCAUGUCUAUGGGGGAGAACAUGAUCCAGCCUGUUCAGUGCCACUAUCCCUCUCCUUCGUGGUCCAGCGCAGACUGCCUUCCAUACGAUCAUUCCAUGCACCAGUUCCAGCCGGUGAGCUGGGCCAUGUGA